AUGAGUUUGCCCAAAGAACUACGACUAGGAUGGAUUGGUCUGGGAUCAAUGGGUCUCGCAAUGGCAACCAACAUGCAAAACUACAUAACCCAACAAAUCCUCCCACCCCUAAAAUACUGGAACCGCACUCUCUCUCGGGGCGACACGCUAAAAGUCAACGGUGCCGUCCCAAGUUCCUCUAUCGUGGAUUUAUUUCAACAGUGCGAUAUAAUCUUCAUCUCUACAACAUACCAACGCUACCAAAAGGUCAGCGACGACACCGUCCUCCAAUCCAUAGUAACCACACUCCUCGCCAGCAACCCUACUCUGGAUGGCAAAAUAAUCCUAGACACCACCACCGUCCACCCGUCCACCUCAUCAUCCAUAGUCCAGCAACUUUCAAAAGUAAAAGUAACAUACCUCUCCUCCCCCGUCUUCGGGGCCACACCCCUUGCCGUAUCCGGAAACCUCCUCAUCGCCAUCGCAGGUCCACCUACCGCCAUUGACCUCGUCUCCCCCUUCCUAACCGGCGUGAUAGCGCGCAGCGUAAUACGAGUUGGCCCAGAGCCCUCACAAGCCCUACUGCUGAAAACAACGAGUAACUUGAUUACCGCAGGUCUGAUGAUGUUGCUCAGUGAAGCGCAUACAUUGGCUGCUAGAACAGGGCUGCCGGCUGCGGUGCUGGAGGAUCUUGUGGCGCAGAAUUUCGGAGACUAUGCGCUGGGUGUUAGUAAGAGGCUUACGGGUGGUGCGUAUUAUCCGCCCAAGGGAGAAGUGCCGACGUCGAGAUUAGAGCUGGGAAUUAAGGAUGUAGGACAUGGGGUGGGGAUUGCGAGGGAGCAAGGGAUGAGGUUGGGGAUUGGGGAGAUGUAUCUUGAGGCAGCGGAGGAGGCUAGGAAGUAUGGGGAAGACAAGGGCAGACGGUGUGAUAGUAGUAGUGUAUUCGGUGUUGUGAGGAGGAGGGCUGGAUUGGAGUUUGCAACGGAUAUGGUCAAGGAACGGGAUGGGGAUGCGAAGAGUGAGAAAAAGUAA